AUGCAUGACAAUGAAUACAUCAAUGAGCUCAUCGAGGUUCUGAAGCUUCUUGGCACAAACAGAGAGCAGGCAAUCGACCACUACUCAAGAAGGGUGUUUGUGUUCAUCAAGAACAUCUCAGUGCAGGAGCUGGACACGAUUGCAUGCCAGGGCGAGCUUGAGCAGAUGGCUGUGUAUCCUAUCCUUCUUGGCGUGCUUUUUAUGAAUGGAGAUGUCUGCAGGAUCAGCAGAGUCAUUGACGACGAGCUGCUUCCGUGCCUGAUUGGAAACAAAAGGGUGCAUGACUAUUUUGUCGGGCUGAUAGUGAAGUUCUUUUAUCUUGCAAGGAAGAGCCAAGGCAUGGACUGCUCGGCACUGUUCAGUCUUCUUGUGACAAAUAGAGAGCUUGGAAACGAGCACACGGUGUCUGUGAUAACAAACUGCCUGCUCGACAUGCUUGUAAGUAACAAGAUAUUCCAACGGAUUGAGAGUGUGGUGUGCACAGCAUCUGAACAAGCAAGAUACAGCUACUACACCGGGAUAAUAUCGAUGGUCGAGGGCAUGUAUGAUGAAGCCCUGAGCAGCUUCCAUACAAGCGUGGUGCUGUCAUCGAGCAGAGGGCUUGUGGAUGCAGCAGAGAAGCGUAUUAUUCUGUGCAUGCUGCUGAACAGCAACUACAACAUACCGUACAAGUAUAAGCGGGGGCAGAAAGCAUACUUUGAGCUUGUGUCGGCAGUCAAGAGGGCGGACCUGAGGAUGUUUGAGGACGUGAUUGAGAGGAACAGGCAUGAGUAUAUUGCACAAGGCGUGUACUUUGUUGCAAGGAGGCUGACUCAGAAUGUGAUACAAGAGGGAAUCAGGAAGAUAAGCAUUGUGUAUUCGAGGAUUUCUUGCGACGACAUAGCAUGCCUGCUGGGUAUAGAUGCCGGGGAAGUUGAGUAUGUAGUGAAGAGAACGAUGAGGAAGGGGCUGGUGCGAGGACAAGUUGUGGAUGGGGUGUUCUACUCGAUGAAGGAUGCCAAGAGCAGAUGCGAUAUAGGAAUUGGUAUCCGAGACUGUGUGCACCUUACAAGAUACAUCCAGGAGCACAUGAGAUAUCCAGCAAUCGAGCCUUUGUGCUACGAAAAGAUCAUGAAGACAGGCAUGUGA